AUGGAGGCUAUCAAGGACACAUUUGCCAAGUGCAAGGAGCAGCACCGGGCUGCUCUUGUGGCUUACAUCACUGCUGGAUAUCCCACUCAUGGAGAGGCGGUUGACAUUUUGUUGGGCUUAGAAAAUGGGGGUGCCGACAUUAUCGAACUUGGCAUUCCUUUCACAGACCCCAUCGCGGAUGGGCCCGUUAUCCAGAAGGCUAACACCAAGGCCCUGGAAAAUGGAGUUACUGUUACCUCGGUCCUGCAGAUCGUUCGUGAUGCCCGGAGCCGGGGCUUGAAAGCUCCUAUCAUGUUGAUGGGAUACUACAACCCGGUUCUGCGAUAUGGUGAGGAGCGCAUGCUUCGUGACUGCAAGGAGGCCGGCGUCAAUGGAUUCAUCAUGGUAGACUUGCCUCCCGAGGAGGCUGUCCGCUUCCGUGACCUUUGCACCAGCACUGGUCUCUCAUAUGUUCCGCUUAUUGCCCCCGCUACCUCGGAAUCUCGUAUGAAGCUCCUUUGCAAGAUUGCGGAUUCUUUCAUCUACGUCGUCUCUCGCAUGGGUGUCACUGGUGCCACUGGCACGCUGAGUGACAAAGUCCCCGACCUUCUGAAGCGCGUUCACCAAUACUCCGGCAAUGUUCCUGCGGCCCUCGGAUUUGGAGUCAGCACGCGGGAGCACUUCCUGUCUGUUCAGAAAGUAACUGAGGGUGUCGUUAUCGGAAGCAAGAUUAUCAGCGUUGUCGGAGAGGCCCCGGCGGGUCAAGCUGCCAAGGCCGCGGAGGAGUAUUUGACUAGCAUCACUGGCCGCAAGUGGGAGCGCGAUGCCAAAGGAGCCUUGACUCACGAGAUCAACACCAUCGAGCCAGUGCUGAAGGAAUCCGUGGUUGAACCCACCCCGACCAAGGUCAUCACCGAAGCCGAUACCCCUGCUGGGCCCGGCCUGGCUGACCAGCUUGAGGCCUUGAAUGUCACCAAUGACCCUUCCGCACAGCCUUCCCGUUUCGGUGAAUUUGGUGGCCAGUAUGUCCCCGAGUCCCUGGUGGACUGCCUGGCAGAGUUGGAGGAGGGUUUCACCGCUGCUUGCAAUGACCCCAAAUUCUGGGAGGAGUUCCGCUCGUACUAUCCUUACAUGGGCCGGCCUAGCAGCCUUCAUCUCGCUCAGCGUUUGACUGACCACGUCGGAGGUGCCAAUAUCUGGCUGAAGCGCGAAGAUUUGAACCACACCGGCAGCCACAAGAUCAACAAUGCUCUCGGCCAGAUUCUCGUUGCUCGCCGCUUGGGCAAGACUCGCAUCAUUGCUGAAACAGGUGCCGGUCAGCAUGGUGUUGCCACGGCUACUGUCUGCGCAAAGUUCGGCAUGAAGUGUACCGUUUACAUGGGCGCUGAGGACGUCCGUCGCCAGGCUCUCAAUGUGUUCCGUAUGAAGCUUCUCGGUGCUUCGGUCGUUGCUGUUGACGCGGGAAGCCGUACUCUCCGUGACGCUGUGAACGAGGCUCUCCGUGCCUGGGUCGAGGAACUGGACACGACUCACUACAUCAUCGGCUCUGCUAUUGGUCCCCACCCAUUCCCAACUAUCGUUCGUACCUUCCAGUCCGUUAUUGGACAGGAAACCAAGGAACAGAUGCAGGCUGAGAUUGGCAAGCUGCCUGACGCGGUGGUCGCCUGCGUCGGUGGUGGUAGCAACGCCGUAGGCAUGUUCCAUCCAUUCUCUAACGAUCCCACCGUCAAGUUGAUUGGUGUUGAGGCUGGUGGCGACGGUGUCGACACCCCCCGCAACUCGGCUACCCUGACUAAUGGUCAAGCGGGCGUGCUUCACGGCGUCCGUACCUACGUCCUCCAGAACGAGCACGGCCAGAUCGCUGAGACACACUCGAUUUCCGCCGGUCUUGACUACCCUGGUGUCGGCCCUGAGCUGAGUGCCUGGAAGGAUGCCAACCGCGCCACUUUCAUUGUUGCUGAUGACAGUCAAUGUCUCGAAGGAUUCCGUGCCCUGGCUCAGCACGAAGGUAUCAUUCCCGCGCUCGAAACUUCCCAUGCCGUCUGGGGCGUCAUGCAAAUCGCCAAGACCAUGAAGAAGGGCGAGAACAUCGUGCUCAACCUGAGCGGCCGUGGUGACAAGGAUGUUCAGAGCGUAGCUGAUGAGCUUCCUCGCCUGGGUCCUAAGAUUGGCUGGGAUCUCCGUUUCUAA